AUGAACUUCAAGACUUUUAGUUGUGGUCUAUGCAUCACGUUUUUCAUUCUUAUAACUGUUUUGGGCAACAGUGAGGCUUCGAAGAAGUCGGCAGAGAUCGAGAACAAUUCGAAUGCUAAAGGUAAGAAUGCAGUGACGAAGAGACCGACGAAGAUUAAAGUCACGGAACUUCAAUACGCCCAGGUGGUAAUCGAACGUUCCAACUCCACUGAUAAUGGUACUACUGAAGAGCAUGUAGAAACGACCACCUCUAAGAAUGUAAGCAAGAAACCAGCUGCUAAGAAAUGUGUCACUGGAAAGGUUUGCUUCGGUGAUCGUGAUUGCGCUAAAGGACGUUGUCUUGGUAUUGCGGUCGGUAAAUGUGAUUGUACAGCAUGCUUGAAUUUAGUGCCAUGUAAGAACGAUAAGGCGUGUGGAGGUCUGCUUGGUUCGUGCGAUAAGAAGACAAAUUAUUGUAACUGUUUUGAAGGUUAUAAGAAGAACGGGUUCGAAACAUUUUUCGAUGCACUCAAUAAGUUCUGCGGUGUAAAGAAGUGCACUCAAAAGAGUGACUCAUGCUUCGGACUGCCAUGCAAACCUGGUUUUUGUGUUUGUUGA